AUGGAUACUGUAAAGGAACGGGUUUUUGCUCCGACCAAAGAGGGGCUCAAAAAUUUUGCUGGGAAGUCCCUUAGCCAUCUGUACAGAGUCCUAGAAAAGAGGCAGCAACCAGCAGAGAACAUCGAGCUGACGGAGGAUGGCAGGGUACAGAAUGUCCGGCCGAAGAAGCCGCCGCUUUGCGAUUGUACCUGCUUUGGGCUACCCCGCAGGUAUAUCAUCGCCAUCAUGAGUGGCCUGGGCUUUUGUAUCUCCUUCGGGAUCAGGUGUAACCUUGGCGUAGCGAUCGUGGACAUGGUCAACAAUAGCACCAUCCAUCACGGGAAUACAAUUAUUAAGAAGAAAGCGACGUUUAACUGGGACCCUGAGACAGUAGGAAUGAUCCACGGUUCUUUUUUCUGGGGAUAUAUCGUCACGCAGAUUCCUGGAGGUUACAUAGCGUCUAGAUUGGCGGCGAACAGAGUAUUUGGCGCUGCCAUCUUUCUCACCUCGACUCUCAAUAUGCUUAUCCCAUCUGCAGCUAAAGUGCACUAUGGUUUUGUGAUAUUCGUCAGGAUCUUGCAGGGACUGGUAGAGGGAGUCACGUACCCAGCCUGCCAUGGCAUUUGGAGUAAGUGGGCACCGCCAUUGGAGAGAAGCAGACUGGCAACCACUUCAUUUUGUGGUUCAUAUGCCGGAGCAGUCGUUGCAAUGCCUCUUGCUGGGAUACUGGUGCAAUACACUGGAUGGCCCUCAGUUUUCUAUGUGUACGGAUCACUUGGAAUAGUGUGGUAUAUGUUCUGGAUUCUGGUAUCCUAUGAAAGCCCCGCAGCCCAUCCAACUAUCACAGAUGAGGAACGCACCUAUAUUGAAGAGAGCAUUGGAGAAAGUGCCAAACUUAUUGGAGGAAUAGAUAAAUACAAAACACCAUGGAGAAAGUUCUUUACCUCUCUGCCAGUCUAUGCAAUAAUUGUGGCAAAUUUCUGUAGAAGCUGGACUUUCUAUUUGCUGCUGAUUAGCCAACCUGCCUACUUUGAAGAAGUGUUUGGAUUUGAAAUCAGCAAGGUGGGGAUUCUAUCAGCUUUGCCCCAUCUUGUCAUGACGAUUGUAGUACCCAUUGGUGGGCAGAUUGCUGAUCACCUCAGAAGCAAGAGGAUACUUUCAACCACAAAUGUCAGAAAGAUAAUGAACUGUGGAGGCUUUGGAAUGGAAGCAACAUUUCUUCUUGUGGUGGGCUACUCACAUACUAAAGGGGUUGCGAUUUCAUUCCUUGUCAUGGCUGUUGGCUUCAGCGGUUUUGCUAUAUCAGGAUUCAAUGUUAAUCAUUUGGAUAUAGCACCAAGAUAUGCCAGUAUUCUCAUGGGAAUUUCCAAUGGUGUGGGAACGCUAUCUGGAAUGGUCUGUCCAGUAAUUGUUGGAGCAAUGACAAAAAACAAGACACAGAGCGAGUGGCAGUAUGUCUUUCUAAUUGCGGCCUUGGUGCACUACGCAGGAGUCAUUUUUUAUGGGCUAUUUGCAUCUGGUGAGAAACAGCCUUGGGCAGACCCUGAACAAACAAGCGAUGAAAAAUGUGGUUUUAUAAAUGAAGAUGAACUGGCGGAAGAAACCGGGGACAUUACUCAGAAUUAUGGCACGACAAAGUCUUAUGGGGCCACCACUUAUAGCAAUGGUGGCUGGCCAAAUGGCUGGGAGAAAAAGGAAGAGUUUGUACAAGAGGAAGUUAAAGAUUCCUACUACUAUAAAGAACAUGAAGAAGGGGACUAUUCAUAA